CGGGGGAAGCGGGGGAUCUAUUUCCUCGCGGCGGAGAGCGCUGACGUAGCGCAAUCGCAGUGGCACUCGGUUAUUGUUAUGACAGAAGCGAACGGAGCUUGUGUUGCCGAGGAUCUCUCGCGUCGUCGUCGCUUUCGUUGAGUCAGCGCAAUUGUCGGGAAGAGCGGGAAGAGAGCGUGCGAUCAACGAAACCGAGGGAGCUUCGUCGUGUCGCGAUCCCCACGCGUAAACGGGGACAAUGAAGUUCCAGUACAAGGAGGAGCAUCCGUUCGAGAAGAGGAAGGCCGAGGGCGAGAAGAUACGACGGAAAUACCCGGAUCGAGUGCCUGUAAUAGUCGAGAAGGCGCCUAAAGCAAAGAUUAGCGAUUUGGACAAGCAGAAGUAUUUGGUACCUUCUGAUUUAACUGUUGGCCAAUUUUAUUUUCUAAUUCGUAAAAGAAUCCAUUUACGUCCUGAAGAUGCUCUGUUUUUCUUUGUCAACAACAUCAUUCCUCCAACAAGUGCUACCAUGGGUUCUCUUUAUGCGGAACACCAUGAAGAGGAUUUCUUCCUAUAUAUAGCAUACAGCGAUGAGAAUGUGUAUGGUCAUUAAACUUCCCGGAAUGAGCAAAUUGCCAAACCGACAAAGGAUUCAGCAACCAAAUCUACCAUCUAUCAAUGUAGUCCUCAUAGAUGCUUUCAAAAACUGAGCAUACAAAAUUACAUUUAUCAAUACUUUGUGUAAAAUUUUAUGUCUUGACACUGCACAUUUGCUUCCUCCAAAGAACUACAUAACUGUCUUGCGAUGAUAAAGAUA